GGGUCUGAUAGACGGGAAGGCGUCUCUGUGCUUCGUAACGCGUAAUUUUGAACUUCGUAGCUGUUAAUUUGAAAGUAAACUUUAAUAAGAAAUGAAGCUUCUUUGUUAGUGUCGGAGGAGACUGUGAACACAGAGACUUUGCAGAUGAAUGAGGUCAGUGAGACCUGCAGCCUGGAUGAUGACAUGGUGGAUGGAGACCUGGGUGAUGGGAUGGGAGUCAGAACAGCACCCAGCUCCACGAGGUCGAAGAGUGAAAGCUUUGCUGGUCCAUCAGAGAAUCUGCUGCUCAAAACAGAGCUGCUGAAGUGCAGCAGUCGAGCAGGAGAGGCAGACUGGCUUCCUGCAAUGAAGACGGCAGAGACACAGCAGAGAGCCCGUUGGAAGCUGCCGCACUUCGGCUCUCUUGUUGACCUCUCCAAAGAUGAACUGAAAGAAAGACUACAGGAAGCAACUGAGAUGAUAGAUGUAUUGGGCUGUGAGCUGGAUGUAACGCACCGCUACCUUGAAGGAAAAUAUGAAGCUCUGAAGAUUCUGCAGGGCAAGGCCAUUCUUGACAAAGCCACGACUCACACUAAAAGUCUGCUGCAGAAAAGUGAAGAGAAAGCCAAAGCUCUGGAAAAGGAGGUGAACAGUUUACAAUGGGAGCUCAGCUUCCUUCAGGUGCAGAUGAAGAAAUCUGAGCAGUCCUGGGAGUGUAAAUACAACAGAAUGUCAAGUGAGAACAAGAUUCUGACUAACAGCCUGCAGGAAAUAGAGAGUGAGAACCAGCAGCUCCGAGCAGAAAAUUCUGCCUUAAGUCAGCAGUACUUGGAGCUUCUCUCCAUGCUGAAUGUGAAGGAGCAGAGAAUUUACCAAGCAACCAAACCUCAAUACAGCCUAAAGAGUGAGUCAAGCGUCCUAGAGCUGACUGUACUUGGGGCUUGCCAGUGUCUGGGUGCUACUGAAGCUUGUCCAUGCAGUCGGACUGCUGCUGCCACCAGGAAACAGCUUGUCCAGUUACAACAGGAGCUGGAUGCACAGCAUUCAAGGAAAGAAGAGGCCUUAAUGGUUGCAGAUGCUUUUCGUAUCGCCUUUGAACAGCAGCUGAGGAAACGAAGUGAAGACUUCCUGCUGCUGGCUGAGACCAAUAUUCAAAAAUCAAAUCACUGUAAAGCUGAAGGUGCCAACAGGAGUCCUUUAAUAAGUGUAAGCAAGAAGCUGAAGGCGUUGCUGCCUUCCAGUUUGGAGAUAAAAAUGCGUGAUGAACUUUUAGAGACUCUCUACAGACUACAGGACUUGCUGAAUGACAAGGAGGAGGCCCUGGCCCACCAGAGGAAGGUGAGCAUCAUGUUAGCCCACAGUGCUGAUGAGUUGCAGAGACAGUUGCAUCUGGGUUCAAAUUACCAGCUGCAGGACCCACCAGAAUCUACGAUUCAACUGAAGCAACCACAAGAUCCAUCAGGAAACCAGAGCCAUUCUCAGAAAACAUCUGACACAUCAGAGUCUGAGGAACGAACGGCAUCCAUGUGCAAAGUCCAAAACCAGCUAAACCGAGAGCUGCCAGCUUCCCAGCUGCAGCAAGGACAACCGCCACAUCUUUCAGAGUCCAGGACAGAAACAGAGGAGGUGUAAGGCUCACCACAGACUAACAUCCAGCUGCUGCACAACUACAAGAGCUACAACUGUGAAAUCCACAGUUCAGACCAGUUGGAGCCCUGAUCUGUCCACAUGAAGCAUGACACUGAUGAAGAAUCUCUGAGGUAUCUAAAGGAUCUGCACAGCAUGUUAACACAAAGCUAGUGAAGGACCCAUAAUGAUGUUAAUGGCCCCUUUAAGUAGAAUGUAUGCCAACCCCAGCUAAGCAGCCAGAGCCUGAUCUUCAGCAGGUCACAGAAGCAGUCAGACUUCUAGAGUUAUGGACUCCAUUGUCAACAUGGCUCUACUGUAUAGUGGCAAUCGUGAAGUAUUUUUUGGGCAGGUUUUCAGCUGUGCUGUUGGCUUUGUGUUAAUACUUAAACAGAAAGAUCUUGUGUGUGUCAGUGGGACUCCUAGCCUAAAGUUUAUAUUAUUAACAGAUAAUCAUGUGAAAAUGGAUCUCAUGUUUCUUAAUUCAGGGAGUAAUUAAUGACCAUAAUGCAUUACUUUUUAAAAAAAGUAACGAGAAACGUGUAAUACAUUAUGUUUUAAAGACAUUACUGACGAGGCAGGUGUAGGAAGAUGAUAAUUAGUGAAAUCAAAAUGUUGUCGUAGUGCAGUAAAAGCUUCCAAACAAAUGUUACACAACACAUAAUGACACAGAGAAGGAGAGAAUGGAAAACCGUCCUCUCUGACUUUCAUUUACAUUAACUCACUCUUCCACAGUUUGCUGUUUAGUCAAAAACUAUUAUUAACAAAAGCUGCUGGUGUAGCAAAAAGUUGACCCUUUGGUAUUAGCUUCCUCCGUGCUGUCACCUCUCCUGCUGUCACCGAUGGCUUAGUAAAUGACUAAACUGACUGUAGCUUGGCUCGUUGUUACUGACUUUCUGAGUCAGGAUGGGAUCGAUAUCAGAUUCAAAUAUCAGACUGGUGGAUCUGAAGUCAAUAUAGACAACCAGCCAAAUUAGACAAUCGUCUUUUCUGUAGCUUACAAAUACAUUUUUCUAUCUUAGAUUUUAAAAGUUCACAUUAUACACACAUAGCAAGAAGAUCCGAGUGUCCACUAUUAAUUUCCCAAGCCAUAUGAAGAACCUCUUAAAUUCAUGUUAACAGCUUGGUUCAUUUUUCAUAGCGAAAAAAAGGUCAUGUUUUGUUUUUUUUCUCUAAAGCAAAGUUUAUGUGGUUCAUGUCUGCCUGUUGAUAUGUGAGGUGUUUUAGGAAGAACAAUGGGUGAAAGAAUGGAUGUUUACAUGUUUUAACUGACUGAUCUUUUCCUAACCCCAUCUGCACUAUAUGGACUAAAGUAUGGACCACACCUCUUUGAAUUCAGAUAUUUUCAGUCCCAUUGCCCCAGGUGUAUACCAUCAAGCACCUAGGCAGGCCUGCUGCCUUUAUAUUACUGAAGAAUGGGUUAUUCUAAAGAGCUCACUGAAUUUGAAUGUGGUACUGUAAUAGGAUUCUACCAUUGCAGCAAAAAAGUUCGUGAAAUUUCUUCCCUCCUAAAUAUUCUAUGAUUAGGUGUAUGUGGUAUUAUUGUAAAGUGAGAGUAUUUAGGAAGUACAGCAAGUCAGCAUGAAAUGGCCAAUCACAUAAAGUUACUGAGCAGGGUAACCAAGUGCGGUGGUGCAUAUUGUGUAAAACUUGGCAUCUCGCUGCUCACUCAGUGACUGCAGAGUUCUAAACCACAUGCCAGGAGCUUCAUGACACGGGUUUCAUGGCCGAGCAGCUCCUGUAAGUGUAAUGUGUAGGUGGAUCCGUACUUUUGUCCAUAUAGUUCAUCACCAACCAGUACAGCUUGUAAAGCCUGCUGUGGUUUCUUUAUAUUUCUCAGCUUUGGCUCUACAAAGCCAAAGUUACUGUCCUGACUGAAACAGAAGUGGCCCUCCAAUCUCAUUAUACAUUCUGUGUAACAAAUAAAGGCAUUGUAUUCUAUUCUAUUCUGUUCUAUAUAAACACAAUUACCAUCAAAAAAUUAAUUAGGCAAUUUGCCAGCCCUGUUUU